AUGAGUUGGCAAGCUGCACCCCUCUCUGAUCCUGCCCUGCAGGAAGCCUGCCCUCUCUUAGGACACCUCAACUCUUUUCCCUUAUGGGUCAAGGGCUCCUUAAAGAGGCCGGGUUUUGUGUGGACCUAGGUUCAUGCCAUAGAGAGCCCUGGUGGCAGAGGGCUAGACUUCGGCUGCUAACCACAAGGUGAGCACUUCUAAACCACCAGCUACUCCUAGGGAGAAUGUGGAGGCUCUCGGUGCAGUCUCAGAAACCGACAGGGGCAGUUCUACUCCGCCGUGCAGGGUCCCUGGCAGGCAGAGAAGGCGAGGUGCCGAGCCUGGGGAGCCUCGGUGGCUGUGCAGGAUGGCGUGAGUGUCCUUUUCCCUGGGUAGGUUUUAAUAAACUGGCUUCACUCAUUGGUCUAGGUCUCCCUGUUGGCUUUGCGGAGAAGCUUCGUCUGUGCGGUGUGACGCCUCUGCUGGGAGCUGUACCUGCUGUCCCCCCGCCCGGCGGGCUCAGAGCUAUGGCGACAGAGGAGAAAAAGCCCGAGACAGAGGCCGCCAGGGCCCAGCCAACACCUUCGUCGUCGGCCACUCAGAGCAAGCCCACCCCGGUUAAACCAAACUACGCUCUCAAGUUCACGCUGGCUGGCCACACAAAAGCCGUGUCCUCCGUGAAGUUCAGUCCCAAUGGAGAGUGGCUGGCCAGUUCCUCUGCUGAUAAGCUCAUUAAAAUUUGGGGUGCUUACGAUGGGAAGUUUGAGAAAACCAUAUCUGGCCACAAACUGGGCAUAUCCGACGUGGCCUGGUCUUCUGACUCGAACCUCCUUGUCUCCGCCUCUGACGACAAGACCUUGAAGAUCUGGGACGUGAGCUCGGGCAAGUGCCUGAAAACCCUGAAAGGACACAGCAACUACGUCUUCUGCUGCAACUUCAACCCGCAGUCCAACCUCAUCGUCUCGGGAUCGUUCGAUGAGAGUGUGCGGAUUUGGGAUGUGAAGACCGGGAAGUGCCUUAAGACCCUGCCUGCCCACUCGGACCCCGUCUCUGCGGUUCACUUCAACAGAGAUGGCUCCUUGAUCGUCUCAAGCAGCUACGACGGCCUCUGUCGGAUCUGGGACACGGCCUCAGGCCAGUGUUUGAAGACUCUGAUAGAUGACGACAACCCCCCGGUGUCCUUCGUCAAGUUCUCUCCAAACGGCAAGUACAUCCUGGCGGCCACGCUGGACAACACGCUGAAGCUCUGGGACUACAGUAAGGGGAAGUGUCUGAAGACGUACACCGGCCACAAGAAUGAAAAGUACUGCAUAUUUGCCAACUUCUCAGUGACCGGUGGGAAGUGGAUCGUGUCUGGCUCUGAAGACAACCUGGUGUAUGUGUGGAACCUGCAGACCAAGGAGGUGGUCCAGAAGCUCCAGGGGCACACAGAUGUGGUGAUCUCCACGGCAUGUCACCCGACAGAGAACAUCAUCGCCUCGGCCGCGCUGGAGAAUGACAAGACCAUCAAACUGUGGAAGAGUGACUGCUAGGCCUGGGGUGCAGGAGAGAGCAGCAGGAAGUGGCCCCAAUUGACAAGAAACUGGGGUUUGGAGACGCAGCUCCCGGCCCGAGCUUUCUUUCGGAGGGGAAGCAGGCCCUUCUGGAAAGUUCGCCAAGUUGCUGGGACCCUUGUUGCCAGUUCUUUCAGCGUUGGGGAGGUUCUCCCAGCCACACUUUCAGCAGAGUCAACAGUUCUUCAGUUUCUAUUUACAAAAGGGUGACGUUCCGUUUCUCAUGAGUUCUUUUUCCAGUCGAGCAUCCUGUACCUUUUUUGAUACCUUCCCACCCAGCGCACACUGUGACUGCCCCUCUCCCGUGCCCCCGCCCCCCCCUGGCCCCUGGGAGUUGUCCACUGUGUGCCGAGCCCUGCGUAUAGCAGUGCCCAGUGCGUUCUGGCCUCUGGGAAACACGGGACCCUGUCAAGUUCCACUCGCAUCAAAGACGUAGUUUUGAGGCUGCCGCUCACGCUCAGCGUGGUAUCGGCACCCCUCCAGCAGGCUCUGCUAGAAAGUCUAAUUGACAAGAAGUGGAAAGGGGUUUCCCCCAGUGGCCCACACCCCGGGACAGUGCCCCCAGCUUUGCGUCCCGGUGCCCGUGGGGCAUGUGCUGCUGGGCCAGCUCGUGUAACUUCUGCAGGGCUCUGGGGGUGCACGGCCAUGGCCUCCCAUUGGGGCUGCAGGGUUGGAGCUUGGGGGGGGGCACCCACUGGGUGAGCUGCAGAGGCGAGCUUGAUUGCCAAGGAGUCUUAGUGAAGUUAGGUGGGUUUGGGGUCAAUACACCUCUCCCCAACACCUCAACCAAGGCUCUGCAGUCAGAGGUGCUGUGCAGAGUGGAGUGGCUGAGGACAGGGCUGUGGAAAGCCUGUGGGUGGCUGUGGAGUGGGGCGACAUCCCCGUUCUGGAAGGCGGCUGGAAAUUAGCUUUCCUCCCCUGCGCCCUGUAGGUACACAUGUAGGUUGGGUGUCUUUGGGAACUGGCACCCAGCCACCUCCCUCAGCCUCAGGGUCUGGGAAACCCUCCCCUGUGCCUCCCCCCUGCCAGGAGCCUCCCCUUGCCCUGGUGGUGCCUCUGGGAGGACAUAGUUUAUUUUUCUACGUUGGGACUCGGGACUCUCAGUUGUAGGUUAUGUACAGAUGCAUUCCCUUUUGGAAAAUAAAAGGUUUUCAUGUCUUGUAA